AAAACCGCGCGCUCGUCUGCCCGCGCGAGGGGCGGGAGGGGCGGAGGGAGGAGAGGGAGAAGGAACCUCCUCCCGCGGCUCAGAUCGUUCCCAGCCGCCGAGCAGGCAGCAUCGCAGGUCCGCGCCGCCGCGUCCCUCGCGACCACGUGGAGGCGAGACGCCGUCCUCGGAGCGCCGACGGUGCUGAAGCCACUUCAGUUGGCUUAACCCGGCGUGUGUCGGCGCGGGGGGAUUUUCCCCUCCGGUCCUCAGGCUGGCGAGCUUGUUCAGAUCCCAGAAGACCGCUCGACCCGGCGCGGCUGAGCAGCAGUAGGGCCCAGUGUUCGGCAGCCCCGCGCCGCCCAGAUGCAUCUGCCCGGACUGUUGGCCCCCGUGUCUGCAGCCCGCGCCGACGACGCGCCGCACUUGGCCUGCAAGAAGAGGAGGACGACGAUGGCGGAGGCGGGCGAGCCGGGCGGCGACUGCGCCGCCGCACCCGCCGCCGCCGCCUCCGAGGAGCUGUGGUGGCUGGAGCGCGUGGUGUGCGAGGCGCAGGCCGAGCACCCGGGCGAGCUGGUGCGCACCGGCAGCCCCUACUUCAUGUGCUCGGCGCUGCCCGGCCACUGGCGCUCCAACAAGACGCUGCCCGUGGCCUUCAAGGUCGUGGCGCUGGGAGACGUCCUGGACGGCACCCUGGUCACCGUGCGCGCCGGCAACGACGAGAACUGCUGCGCCGAGCUGCGCAACUGCAGCGCCGUCAUGAAGAACCAGGUGGCCAAGUUCAACGACCUGCGCUUCGUGGGUCGCUCCGGCAGGGGGAAGAGCUUCACGCUGACCAUCACGGUCAACACCUCGCCACCGCAGGUCACCACCUACAACAAGGCCAUCAAGGUCACCGUCGACGGCCCUCGGGAGCCGCGCUCCAAGACCCCAGGCCAGCAGCAGCAGUUCCGCGCCGUCAGCGUGGGCCAGCGGCCCUUCCUCGACUCGGGCUUCGCGAGCCACCUGCGCGAGCUGGACUACCGCCGCACCGCCGGCGUCGAGACGUCCUCGGCGUCUUCCCCGGCGUCCUCGCGGGGCUUCAAGCUGGCGGGCGGCGCGGCGCCCGUCCAGGAUCCGGCGAGCGGAUUGGGUGUCGCGUGCACUGAGCCGUCGUGGGGCCCCUACGGCUCCGCCUACUCUUACUCGCCGCUGCAGCCGUCGGCACUGGCUUACGGCGGCGAGCUGCUGGACCCUGCCGCCCACCUGCCCCCCGCGCUGGGCGAGCAGGCGGGCAGCGGGGGGCAGCACUCGGUGGCCGCGACGGGCCACGAGUACGGCGCCAUGUUCUCCAGCUCCAGCAAGUCGCCGCCGUCCGCCGCCGAGCUGGACGGCCUGCUGUCCGCCGCCGUCGCCCCGCCGCCCCCGGCGCCGCCGCCCCACCACCAGCACCACCAGCCCCACCAGCACCACCGAUACCCCGCCGAGUACUCCACCACCACGGCCCCCGGCCUCAACUGCGGGGGCACCACCUACCACCCGGGCUCGACGUGGGGCGCGCAGCCGGCGCCGGCCGUCGCCAGCUUCCCGCACCCCGCCAACGCCUACCCCUACUACGGCAGCGCCGGCACCCCGUCUUCCAGCGGCGCCUCGCCGCAGGGCUCCUACCCUCCGCCCAUGGUGCUGUACCCGCACCUCUACUCCACCGUCAACCAGAACUCCAUCCACCUGCACCUGCACAGCGACAAGGCGGAGCUGGUGGACAGCUACCAGCAGCCCCAGGCGCCCGGCGACGUGCUGGCGAGGUACCCGGGUGCCGGCGACCGCCAGGGGCAGGCCGACCCGUCCGUGUGGCGGCCCUACUGACGGCCGGCCGCGCGCGCCGGAGUCCCCCUGGCGGUCGCCGGCGACUGGUGAGAGCCUGUCGCUCCCCCGACUGCUCCCAGGACCUGGCCGUUCACAACCACCCCUGGAGGUGAUACAUCUAGCCUCGGUCAUGUGUGAUCACGCUGCAAACACACUCUCAUAAUACAAAACUCGCACACACGAUUUAACGUAGAAUUCUUUAUAAAAAAAAUUAUAAUGCCGAGCGUGAAAAUUAUUGUUUUUUUCAACUACAUUUCUGGACGCGAAACACACGCAGUUUCCUCGACCGCCGCUAGAAUUCGUUGCCGGAGCAGCUACGCCGACUAUCGAAUCAUGAAAUUUUAUUAAACUGUAUUAAUUGAACGGCUCCGAUAAAAGCGGGAAAGUACUUCAAAUAUAGUGAAACACUGAUUUUGGAUAUUAUUUUCGACAAAGAAACUUUACUAUAUUGCUGCCCUUCUUGUUAAAAUUUGAGAUAUUUGGUUUUGUUACAGAUGGCACCGCCGUGGUUACACAUUUCCGUUUCAUGCGACUUCCGUUCCAUUCACGAAAUUACUCCUUGCGUAUGCCAUCUACCGAGAGCUUAAAGGUUACACAUCAAAAGUAUAACAAUAUUCAGUAUUUCUGUGAGAAUAGCGUGGCUUCGGAACGGUGUAUGUUGAAAACUUACCAUAAUACAUGCACGCAAACCAAAAUGACUUAUUUGUAUACGUAAUAGUAUGUGUUAGAAUAUCAUCCUUGAUGCAGGCCGUAGUGAAGAUGUCGCGAGCCAUCAGUUGGCCAUCACUGGUCUAGAUCGACAAAACCCGCACACAUCGGCCAGGUCAGGCAACUUCCACGCCACUAAACCACAUACUUCACACAACGACAUCAUCACAUAUAUGAACUAGCAAAAUUACCAUGUAAUUCAGCACCUACUUAAAAAAUUCCAUCGUACAAAUUUACAAAUGUUUUAGCAGGAUAAUAUUUUCAAGUAUUUAAGCAAGAAGUUAUUAUAGAUACAUUUUUGUUAAUGAUUUUCUGUUAUCUGUACAUAUUUGUUUAUUGUUAGCAUGUAAAUAUUUGUAACAGUUGUGAAUAAUUUUACGAAAUUGAAACAAAAUUCUCAGGCAUCUUGAGAUGAUAAUUGUUGGAAGCAUCAAAUUUGAAUUCGUUGGAAAAUACUGACACUUACUGUUAUUCUCUGCCAGAGUUCCAGAACAAUGUGAAACAAUGCAAAUACUUACUGUUUAUGAGAAUGCAUAAAAAGAAGAAAAUUUUAAAGGAACUGUUUUUCUGCAUACAUGUCAUGACCAAUGUUGUUUAUUUUGAACCUAUAAAAUAGAAGUAGGUGAAUUCAAACAAAAUAAAUUAUAGUUCCAAGUUAAUCUAAAUGUUGUGAUUUAUUUCUAAGAAUAGAUUAAUUUGAAAAGUUCUUUUUUCAGGUCUUUAUCAUGCUAUGAAACAAAAACCUACACCAUCAGCUAUAGAAAUACUUGUAAUGUUUCUUCAUGAUUUGUAUUUUCACCUGCAACAUUUUACAAUGGAUUAAUUUCUUGAAGCUCUUAAUAAAAUUCAAAAAUUUCUUAUGUAGAACCCUUAUGCGAGUCCUUUAAAGUACUGAAAUUUAAUCUCUCACGACACAGUGGAAAUUUAUAUAAAAGUGGAACAGCGUUCAUUAUAGUAUUAGAUCAGAGGAACCCUGUUGUAAGCCGACUUACAAUCUACAAUAGCCAGAACCUUUGAAAUGAUUUGGGGAGAUCACCUGAUGAAAUGGAAAGUUAAUAAAUAUUUAACUAGUGUAUAUUAAAGAAAAGGAGGGAAAAGAGUUGGCUGAGCUAUGGUUAACCAGGACAUGUCACUUAAGCCUGAUUAUCCGUCUAGUGCUACAAUUUUAUCUUUAAUAGGAAGCCUAAAAACUAAAUUUUAUUAUUUCCCCAUACCAGUUACCUGAAAGAUGGCAAACCAGGCAACAGCAUGUGUUAAGUUAAACAGAAUAUUAUGAACUUGGAAACAUGAUUUUCUCAGGGGUUUGGAUAUUUGAUAAGUUUAUUCAAGAAUUUUACUGAACUCAUCGAUUCUCAAAAUUUAUUGAAUUUUUAUUUAAUCUUCAGGUGUAACACCACUCCUUAAACAAUAUUGAUCUACAGAUGUGCCAUGUGUGCAUUUAAAAUAUUUCUCAGAGGAAACAAAAUGCAGUGCAGCAAAAAAAAGGUAACAUGGCCAAUUUUUGUCCAGUAAAAAAAAAUGUACCAGUAAGAAUACUAUAUUUAAAAAAAUAUAUAUUUAACAGGUUUACAGUCCUUUAUCCUCAGAUCAGUGGAAAAUUUUUAAUUCAAAUUUUAUUGGUGUUUAAUAUAUGAGGUUUUUUUUUUUUACCCAGUAAUAAUUAAUUCUUUGGCAUUUUAGUAAUAGUAAAUGACUACUAGGGUUUGGGAAAACUCAAUGAUUGCCCUAAAAUUUAAUUAUUUGUGUGUAAACAGGUAAACAUUUUUGGGAAGUUUUUUUCUGAUUUCAGAAUUCAGGAUAAUGGAUUGUGAAAGUAUGUACCUUAAAGAACACAGCUUUGCUACAAAAAUAACUGAAAUUGCAAUUAGAAAAGCAGUUUCAAUAACUAAGUAGUACAGUAAAUCUGGCAAACAUGUGAAAACAUUUAAAAUCAAAAAUGUUACAUGCAUACUUGGUUAAAAUGGUUAAUUUCAAACUGAUCAUAAAUGUCACAAGUAAGGACUCGUGCUUGGAUAUUCUGUAGGUGUUACCUUCCCAUUUACAAUAAAAAUUCAAUGAUAGUUUAUUAAGUGCAACUUUUUUUUUUCACAAGAAAAAAUAUCUUAAGGAGUGUAAGUUAUAACAAUUUCUAGUGAUCUCAUUUGGUUAUUAACUCUAUUUCAUAAUUCCUUAUUUAACUCACUUAAGACUUUGCCAUUGAGGAUAAAAUGCAAAUUGCAGAUGUAGGUAUGUUGCCUGAACUACUUGGACCAUAUCUGUAAUGUGUUGUAAUCCAAAACAAUUAUUUAUGCAAACCAAAUUUAUUAAAAUUAUUUUGCUAAUGGGGGAAAGAUAGAACUCAAGACACCAUCUUGGUUUCAAAUGUGUUUAGGCCAUAAUUUUCCAAAUUUUCAUUUCGAAAAUGAGGCUUUUUAAAACAUAACAUAUAAUUAAGUGGAAUGCUUGAAAUUAUUAGUGACUGGCUCCUACAAAUAAUAACUUCUGUGAAGUCAUUAGCAUUUAGAAUUUAAUUAGUUUUUUUUUUAAUUACAACUGUAAUAAUACUGUCAACAAACACUAUGCCAAACUCUUUGACGAUCUCUUAAUGUGAUUUUUCUGUCUUAACAAAAGGAAACGUUCAAUGUCAAAAGUAAAAAAAAAAAGGAAAAAAACUGUUGAAACAAAAAUGGCAUUUUUAGAUUUCCUUCUCUCCCCCUUAAAUUUGGAUAAAACUGUGAGCUGUCACCAGAUACUGGCUUAUAUAUGAAGUAGAAUGUUUAGGGUGCUAAAAUGUGAUACCUUCCAAUGCAAUGUACUGCAGUCACCUGUUUUGUGAAAAUUUGCACAAACAUAUGGUUAACAUGUAUUAAAUGAAAUUUUUCAUAAUCAUAUUAUAUUAUGGUUAUUACACACCGUGAUCUGUACAUUAUUUUGUAUAAAAACCACAAUUGUGAAUUUUCCUCAUUCCCUAUGAGACAUGAUCAGCUGAACAAAGUUCUGAGGGUACCAUGUGCAGUCAUGUUUUACAUAUGUACAAUGAUGUAUAAACAGCUUAUGUAAAUACUUCAGAGAACUUGUGAUGGACUACCAAGUCAAAGCAUUUAAAUAUUAAAGGCUACAGUAGAAUCUUAUUAAAGAGUACACAUUAUUCAUCUUCAACUAUUGUACUUAAUCAUAAAUGGUUUAAAGAGACAAAAAUAUACUUGAAACAAUUACGUUAUUCAAUGUGAGAACAUAAUCUAAAUAAAAGUA